AUGGCUACUACUUCUAAACCAUUACUUCUUAGCGACAUGGUUGCCUCUGGUGAAAUGAACCAAGUCCCUUCAAAAUACAUUCAUCCCAUCACCGAACGCCCCAAUUACCAAAAUGUUGUUCCUGACUCCAUCCCUGUCAUUGACCUCCAAAACCUCAACGGUCCCAACCGCUCUCAGGUACUCGAUGAAAUCCGUCGAGCUUGCUCCGAUAACGGCUUCUUCCAAGUUAAGAACCAUGGCAUACCCGAGUCCAUCAUAGCCAACAUGAUGCAAAUGGCUAGAGAAUUCUUCAACUUGCCAUUACAAGAAAGGCUCAAGAUGUACUCUGAUGACCCCACCAAAGCCAACAGGCUAUCAACCAGCUACAAUGUACGUACUGAAAAGAUUUCUCAUUGGAGAGAUUAUCUUGGACUCCAUUGCUACCCGCUCCAGGAUUACAUUCACCAAUGGCCCACCAACCCCGAGUCCUUUCGGGACAUUGCGGCUGAGUAUUGCAGGAGUGUUAGAGUGUUAGCGCUCCAACUGGUUGAGGCGAUUUCGGAGAGUUUGGGGCUUGAUAAAGACUACAUCAGUGCACAACUGGGGUCGCAUGCUCAGGUAAUGGCCUUGAACUACUAUCCUCCAUGCCCACAACCCGAUUUGACUUACGGGUUGCCUGGACACACUGAUGGGUAUGUCCUCACCCUCCUUCUUCAAGAUGAGGUCUCUGGUCUUCAACUGCUCAAAGAUGGCCAGUGGGUUGCUGUUGAUCCAGUUCCGAACGCAUUCGUCAUCAACAUUGGUGAUCAAAUUCAGGUGAUAAGCAAUGACAAAUACAAGAGUGCUAUGCAUCGCGCUGUGGUGAACUCUGAGAAAGAAAGGAUAUCUAUACCUACUUUCUACUGCCCAUCACCUGAUGCAGUGAUAGGCCCUGCUCCACAACUGGUAACCGAUGACGAGCCUGCUGUGUACCGACAGUUUACAUUCGAGGAGUAUAAUCGUACGAUAUGGACAGGUGGGCUUCACGAGUGCUUGGAUGCGUUCCAUGCUACUUAAUGUUGAGCUUUUAUGUCGUUGAAAGAUCGGGUCCUUAGUAUUAGUCUCUUGUUGAAGAUAGAUUUGAGUCAAAGGUACCUCUAGAAUAAUGUGGUGGGUUUUCCUUCCUGAUGAUCAGUUAGUUAGUUUUUUUUAAUUUCCGUUGUAAGUUCCUGCUGGUUUAAGCAGUGGUUAUGCAUGCAUUUAAUAAAGGUUGACAAUUAUCUAUGUGAUUGAUAUACCAAAACUUAAUUGCUCAAAAAUCAUUAGCCCAACUACUGAAU